UGUAACCAUUUUGUUCCCUUACUAAGGAUGGCGUUGCAUGGCGUCUUGUAGUUGUGGCGGUCUCCACAGCUCUGGUAUAAUGGCUUUGAAAAGACUGACUUCGCAGCUGGGGGUUGCAGCUAAGGCAUUCCGGGAAGGUGGUCAAGGUAUUCGAUUCAGUUCUGCAGUUCCCAAUUCCACACCUUCUGUUGAGGAUGAACUGGACACAACAGACAAUGAAAUUGUUGCCCCUGAUUUUACUAACCGGAAUCCUCGUAACUUGGAACAGUUGGCUCUAGCAAGGAAGGAGAGAGGCUGGAAAACGACAUGGCCAUCGCAAGAGUAUUGGCACAGGUUGAGACUUGAGCAAACAAAGUACCACGUGAACGCCUAUGUUGAGCAUUGCAGUGGACACAUUGUAGUCUCUGCUUCCACUCGAGAGUGGGCCAUCAAGAAGCACCUUCAUAAUACAACAGGCGUGACAGCAUGUGAGAAUGUGGGACGUGUGCUAGCUCAACGUUGCCUUCAAGCAGGAAUCAACUUUGUGGAUUUCCGAGCUAUAACUCCAUGGGAAAAAUGUUGUGAUUCGAUCCAGAGCUUCCAAAAUGCUGUGAGUGAAGGUGGUGUUGAACUGAAAGAACUGCGAAGAAUUUAUAAAUAAGUUUAAAACUUGUGAGAAUAUGCUAAGAGACUAUUGAAACCUCUUACAUUAAAUAAAAAUCUAAUGGACAAACA